AGGUGUACUCUCUGUUUUUAACUUAGUUAAUAUUGCAUUUCCCGAUAACGACGCAUAGUGUCGCUGUUCACUUGACAGGUUAUUUACAUCACACUCCCCACCCAUUGUAUUAGUAUUUAAGCAGAAGGUUCCGUUGUGUUUCCCCGAAACCAGAGCGACAACUGGAAUAACAAACUUGUAAGACGGUUUUCAACAAUGGGUCUUCAUAGAAUAUAACCUUUUUUGCAUUAUUUUUUAUCAUAAUCUAUCAGCAGUUGGAUUGUGACAGAGUAACUCUGGUGUGCACAAUGAAAAUGGCAUAUAGAGGAUUCGUAAAAACUGCCCGGAUCAGCUGCUGGGUUUUGAUUAUAUUCACGUUACAUAGCAGCCGAGGAGACAUGAGCUAUUUCACACAAGAGGAGAUGAGAAGCGGUUCGGUGAUUGGAAAUAUUGCCAAGGAUCUUGGGGUUGAUGUUAAAAGACUAUCCGUCCGAAAACCUCGUUUGGAUGCUGAAAGAAACAGACGACGCUACUGUGAUAUAAAUCUAAACACCGGCGACUUGAUUGUGGCGGAGAGAAUAGACAGAGAGGAGCUUUGUGGACCGAAAAUUUCAUGUGUUUUAAAAUACGAGCUGAUACUCGAGAAUCCUCUGGAACUUCAUCGUAUCGAGGUGCAAAUUCAGGACAUAAACGACAAUUCACCACGUUUUCCUAACAAUCGCAUUGAACUGGAGAUAGGAGAGUCGACCAUCAAAGGUACUCGUUUCCUUUUAGACCAAGCUCUUGAUCUUGAUAUACAACAAAACGCAGUUCAACAUUAUGCUCUGGAAAAAAAUAAUUAUUUUAUUUUGUCUAUCAAUGCGAAUAUCGAUGGCGGAAAAUACGCUGAAUUGGUAUUAGAAAAAGAGCUGGAUCGGGAAGAUCAGCAGGAUGUUUCGCUGUUGUUAACCGCCAGUGACGGUGGGACUCCGCAGAGAUCAGGUACUGCGGUCAUACACGUCACUGUGCUGGAUGCUAACGAUAAUAUCCCAGUGUUUGACCAGCCUGUGUAUGAAGUCAGCCUGCCUGAAAAUUCGCCCCUAGGCACUGUGGUGAUUACAGUUAGUGCUACUGAUGCAGACGAAGGAGCGAAUGGAGAAGUGACGUAUGAGAUAAAUAGCUUAUCUGAGAAAGCUCUAAAAUUGUUUGCUGUUGACAAAAACACUGGCCAAGUUAAAGUGACAGGGCAAAUAGACUUUGAAGACGAUUCAUACUAUGAUUUGCGAAUCCAGGCCAAAGAUGGAUCUGGUUCAGCAUCAAAUUCGAAAAUAAUAAUUGCCAUUACUGAUGUGAAUGACAAUGCCCCAGAAAUAUUUCUUAAAUCUCUAAAAAACCCUGUCUCUGAAAACAUACCUCCUAAUACAGAAGUAGGCAUUAUUAAUGUGCAAGAUAACGACUCUGGCCACAAUAAAAAUAUUCGCUGCUCCAUUCAACAAAAUGUUCCAUUUAAACUAGUACCGUCAAUUAAAAAUUAUUAUUCAUUGGUAACAACCAGCGAGCUGGAUCGUGAGGUAGUGACAGAUUACAAUAUAACAAUCACUGCCACCGACGAGGGAUCUCCGCCGUUGUCCUCGUCGAAGACAAUUCAGUUAUCGGUGUCAGACGUUAAUGACAACUCACCUGUGUUUGACAAGCAAUCCUACAGCGCUCAAGUGACUGAAAAUAACAAACCCGGAUCCUCUAUUUGCUCUGUUACGGCGAGAGACCCAGACUGGAGACAGAACGGCACAGUCUUCUAUUCUCUGUUACCCAGUGAGGUUAAUGGGGUUCCGGUGUCCUCGUUUUUAUCCAUUAACGGAGACACGGGGGUGAUCCAUGCUGUGAGAUCAUUUGAUUACGAGCAGUUCAGAAGCUUCAAAGCCCAUAUUGUAGCCAGAGACAAUGGUUCGCCUCCUCUCAGCAGCAACGUGACUGUGAGCGUCCACAUAACAGACCAGAAUGAUAACUCCCCGCUGAUAUUAUACCCGGCUCCUGCAGGGAGCUCCAUCAUGACCGAGAUGGUCCCCAGAGCUGCUCCAGCGGGCUCCCUGGUUUCCAAGGUGAUCGCCGUGGAUGCUGACUCUGGCCAGAACGCGUGGCUGUCAUAUCAGAUCGUCAAACCCACCGAUCCGGGACUUUUCAGUAUCGGACAAUAUAGCGGAGAGAUCAGGGCCCAGCGGGACAUUGUUGGUACUGACAGCAUGAAGCAGAACCUUGUUAUUUUGGUGAAGGACAACGGACAUCCGUCUCUUUCUGCGACUUGUACAGUAUAUCUAGUAAUUUCAGAUAACUUGUCUGACCUUCCAGAGGUUAAAAAUCCGUCUUAUGAUGAGCCCAGUUCUAAAUUGACCACAUAUUUGAUCAUCGCCCUUGUCUCCGUGUCCACCUUCUUCCUCACCUUCAUCAUUCUCGUUGUGGCCGUGAGGUUGUGUCACAGGAGGAAACCUCGGCUGCUGUUUGACGGCGCAGUCGCCAUUCCCAGUGCGUAUUUGCCGCCCAACUACGCAGAUAUGGAGGGAGCGGGAACUCUGCGCAGCUCUUAUAAUUAUGACACGUACCUGACAACGGGCUCGCGCACCAGUGACUUCAAGUUCGUCACCUCUUACAAUGACACUCUGCCAGUGGACCAGACUGUGAGGAAGAGUCCAAGUGAGGAAGGUGGAGAGGAUAUAACUGGGCGGAUGGAGGGACGACAAUGUAAUGAGGUAAAAGUUGUUGUCAUAUCAGCAUUUCUAUAGCAGUGUUACAAAUGGAACGUUCGCUCUGAACUCUUUUUACUCGUUAUUUUGCACUGUCCUCACCCUGUAGGGUUGUGCUUAUUAACUGUCCUGGUAAAGGUCUUCCGUGCAAAGUCCAAUUCCCUUAUAAUGAAACCACUGUAUUAAUAUUUUGAUACAGACAGGGUCAGGGGCGCCGCUAGCAAUUUUGGGCCCUAUGACAAAAUAUGAGGUUGGGCCCCCCUACCACACCCAUUCAGAUCUCUGGGGGCCCCUAAAGGGCGUGGGCCCUUAGAAUUGUCCCAACUUUCCCCCCCUUAGCGGCGCCCCUGGACAGGGUAACCAAAUGGUUAGAGAAGUGUGCUUGUGAUCGGAAGGUUGCUGUGUAACUCCGCAGUUACACGCAGACAGGAAGUUUGUUUUAAAUACAGGGAAAUCCUUUACUCUAUCGUUGCUCGAUUUGUCUCGUGAAAACUGAUAAUAAAUCAACAAUUAAACUGAUGCUAAUGUCAUUGAACAAAUGUCACUAAAUUAACGUAGCCAACUAGCACGUUAGAUUAGCUAACAUUUACAAACAUUAGAUCUCGUACCUCGCUGGCGGCUUAUUACCAAAGGAGCUAAUUCUUCACUUCAUAACUUUCAGCUUUCUCCAGCUUUUAAAUGCUUAGAGAAGUGUGCUUGUGAUCAGAAGG